AUGCCAACCACAACAGCGGAUUCGCUCCAAGAAUUUGCAACGUUUGCAAGCCUCCGCAGACUGUUUGACCAACUUUCUCUUGAACCCGAAGCCGCCACAGCCGUUCAAAAGCUUAUAAAUGAAUUCGUCACGAUAACUGAAACCUGUCGGUCAUUAAAACAAGGAAAAUCGAAACUAGAACAAGAGAAAAUUAAUGCUAAUAGUCAGGCCGAAGUACUUCGACGAUUGGUUGUGACUUUGACAAAAGAAAAUAACCAGCUUCAUUUGGAUCUUAUACAUAAUGUCGAAGCGAGGAGGCAAGAAAAUUGGGAAGCACAAAAAGUAAUUAGAAAACAUGAAAAUGAGAUUAACGCGAUGAGAUUUGUGAAUGGCCAGUACAUUGGAAUGACACGAGAAGCAGAGAGAAAACUGGAUAGUACGCGAAAAGGGCCCGGGAAAUCCACUUUGACGGAAGCUGUUUCGGGGCAAAUUGAGUUGAAUGUUCCUCUGGAGCCCAUAUCCGAUAAAUAUGAUACAAUUAAACAACCAGAUCCACAUGUUGUUGAUACCAUUAAAUUAUACCAAAGACGCUUAAAUCAGCUGGAUAGCAACAAUAAAACGCUUAUAGAAAGAGAAAAGGAAUAUCAAGCUGAAAUUCUAGGUCUCAAACAACAAAUCACAACAAGGGAACAAGAAAUAGCGCGUCUUAAUACACAGUUGGUUUCAAAACGAGCAAAGAAACUUUCCGAUAUUUUUAAAGAAGAUGAAGCAACUGGUACAUCUUCCGAUUCUCGAGUUCGACAAUUAGAGAUGCAGACCGAAUACCUUCAUGAAUACAUAAUAAAUCUCGAACAGGAUUUAGCCAAACUCAAGGAACGACGAUCAAUGUUACUCAAAGAACAGGAACAAGAAACACAAUCUAUAAUUGAAGAGCUGAACGAUGUGAAAAACAGAAACACAGUGUUGCUUAAUAACAUGGAACAACAUGAAAAAGUGGUCAAGGGGGUUGAAGAGACACAUAAUGAUGUUUACAGACUUGCAAGGUCACGAGACAGAAGGCAAUCGAACGACAUAGCGACACGUAACAAGUACUUGAAGGCCCUCAACACAGAAAACGAACAAUUAAAGAAAGACUUUGAUGAUGUUUCCCGAGAGAAUCAACAGCUUAAAGACUCUUUGAGGAAAACCACAUAUCAGCUUGAAACUCUUACGAACAGGUUCCUGUCGACAGCCGAGAGGCUGCUUGAGCUUGGUUCUAAUAUGCAAUUUGACAUUAAUCCCCCCACCGAGUCGAUUGAUGAUGGACAUGAAUCUCAACAGCAAGAGCAAAGUGUGGAAACGGAAAGAUAG